AUGGAAGUGUUUGGCAACAUUGCGCUGUUAUUGGGUCUGUGUCUCCGUGUUACUGAAGGCGCUGAUAUUUACUUCGGUAUGCUCGCUCCGAUUGGCACGCCCAACGAGCAAAUGUAUGGCCCUGUUCAGCUGGCCCUCAACGACAUCAACAACCAUCCCAAAAUGCUGUCAGGGCACACGCUGCGUCUCGUCAUCAAAAACACUUCGGUGCCUGCAAACGAAUCUGUAUAUCAUGUUGGAAACGCCGUGGCCAAGCUCCAAGAUCUGAUGACGUCAAAAACAGACCCACCUGUCAUGGCACUGCUCCAUUACGGCAGCAUCACUGAGACGGAUGUGAUAGGAGAGAUCACGGGGAAACUGAAAAUGAUACAGAUUUCGACCGGUAGCCCGUCUUCCACACUAUCCCAAAGACUCGUCUUCCCAUACUUGUACCGGACAAUCGGCUCAUUGCUAGACGUUAUCACCAUAGAAGUGGAUUUUGUCAAGCGCUUCGGUUGGACCCGCGUGGCGUUGCUUGCGGAGGACAAGGAGCUGGUUACAGAGGAACUGGACGCAAGGGCAUACAAAUAUGGCUUGAUUGGAAAGAAAUAUGUUUGGCUGACAUUGAUGCAACAUGUCAAAGAUUACCGCAACUUAGCAUCCAACAUGCAUCAAAAAGGACAACUCUCUUGUAACGCAGAGCAGGUGGUCCAAGCGGCAGAAGGGCAGUUCAUUAUAUUCCGUGCUGACGCUAAACAUGCUAGCGAAGUUGGAUAUGAAUCAUUACGGGCAUUUACAGAUCAUGCAGAAAUUUUGAGGGAAAUGAAAGAACAACCUUGGUACAAUGAUGACACCAGAAUAAUACUAUAUCAAGUGAAUUAUGACGCCAUAUGGGCGGCUGCAUUGGCCUUAAACAAGAGUCUGCCUCGUCUUCCGCCAAGAGCGAUCACCAACUUCAGGUACACCGAUCUGAGCACGGUGACGGACGCUCUGAUGCCAGAAAUGAAUUGCACCAACUUCUUCGGGGCGUCGGGUCCAGUGUCUUUCUCACUGCAUGGAAGUCGAAUGAGCUGGCUGUCUAUGGAGCAAAUAAGAAACGGUACAGCUAUAUUGUUUGGUAUUUAUGACCAGAAAUCCCGGAACAUCACGUUGUCGGAGAAGAUUAAUGACCUGUGGUAUUCUCAUGGUGGCUCCAUACCUCAGUCUGGGUACAGGACGGUCCGAAAAGUACUGGUUGUCGCAGACGAACUAAAAAUAGCCUUUACUGUGAUCGCUAUGACAUUCGUCCCAUAUGCUAGCUCCAAUACUACGACUCACCCUAACAUAUACUAA